UAUUUAACAGAGAAGAAAAAAAAUACUAAAGGAAAAAAAAAAAGAAGAGACGGGAAAAUGGCGAACGAUUCUCCUGCAAAAAGUCUGGUGGAUAUCGACCUUUCCUCCCUGCGGGACCCCGCUGGGAUUUUUGAGCUCGUGGAAGUGGUUGGCAAUGGCACGUACGGGCAAGUUUACAAGGGUCGACAUGUCAAAACGGGUCAGCUGGCGGCCAUCAAAGUCAUGGACGUUACUGAGGAUGAAGAAGAAGAAAUCAAACUGGAGAUUAAUAUGCUAAAGAAAUAUUCUCAUCAUAGAAAUAUUGCAACUUAUUAUGGUGCUUUCAUUAAGAAAAGUCCUCCAGGACAUGAUGACCAACUGUGGCUUGUUAUGGAGUUUUGUGGAGCAGGCUCUAUCACAGACCUUGUGAAGAACACGAAAGGGAAUACUCUGAAAGAAGACUGGAUAGCAUAUAUCUCCAGAGAGAUUCUCCGAGGGUUGGCACAUCUUCAUGCCCAUCAUGUGAUUCACAGGGAUAUCAAAGGGCAAAAUGUGCUGUUAACAGAGAACGCAGAAGUGAAACUUGUGGAUUUUGGUGUGAGUGCUCAGCUGGACAGGACAGUUGGCAGGAGAAACACUUUUAUUGGGACUCCGUACUGGAUGGCUCCAGAAGUUAUUGCCUGUGAUGAAAAUCCAGAUGCUACGUAUGAUUAUAGAAGUGACCUUUGGUCAUGCGGCAUUACGGCCAUAGAGAUGGCAGAAGGAGCUCCCCCACUUUGUGACAUGCAUCCCAUGAGGGCUCUCUUUCUGAUACCCAGGAACCCCCCACCACGGUUAAAAUCCAAGAAAUGGUCAAAAAAGUUUUUCAGCUUUAUAGAAGGUUGUCUAGUGAAGAAUUACAUGCAACGACCUUCUACAGAACAACUGUUGAAACAUCCCUUUAUACGUGACCAACCAAAUGAAAGGCAAGUCCGAAUCCAGCUUAAGGAUCAUAUAGACAGGACCAGAAAGAAGAGAGGAGAGAAAGACGAGACGGAGUAUGAAUAUAGUGGAAGUGAGGAAGAAGAGGAGGAAGUGCCUGAACAAGAAGGAGAGCCAAGUUCCAUUGUCAAUGUGCCUGGAGAAUCAACCCUCCGACGUGAUUUCCUGAGAUUGCAGCAGGAAAACAAGGAACGGUCCGAGGCCCUUCGGAGACAGCAGCUACUGCAGGAGCAGCAGCUCCGUGAGCAGGAGGAGUACAAGAGGCAGCUGCUGGCAGAGAGGCAGAAGCGCAUCGAGCAGCAGAAGGAGCAAAGGAGGCGGCUAGAAGAGCAACAAAGAAGAGAAAGGGAAGCUCGGAGGCAACAAGAGCGUGAGCAAAGGCGGAGAGAACAGGAGGAAAAAAGACGUCUGGAAGAAAUGGAGAGGCGACGUAAGGAGGAGGAAGAGAGAAGAAGAGCAGAGGAGGAAAAGAGGAGGGUAGAAAGGGAGCAGGAGUAUAUCAGGCGACAGCUAGAAGAGGAGCAGCGGCACUUGGAAAUUCUACAGCAGCAGCUGCUCCAGGAGCAGGCCAUGUUACUGGAAUACAGAUGGCGAGAGAUGGAGGAACACCGACAGGCAGAGCGACUCCAGCGCCAGUUGCAGCAGGAGCAAGCCUACCUUCUGUCGCUGCAGCACGAUCACAGGCGGCAGCAGCAGCAGCAACAGCAGCAGCAGCAACAACAGCAGCAGCAGCAGCAAGAAAGAAAUAAACAAAGCUAUCAUACCCCUGAGCCAAAAUCCCACUAUGAGCCUGCUGAAAGAGCACGUGAGGUGGAGGAGAGGUUUAGAAAAACUAAUCAGGGCUCCCCUGAAGCACAGUCUAAACAGAUGGGUAAAGUGUUGGAGCCACCAGUGCCUUCAAGAUCAGAGUCCUUUUCCAAUGGAAACUCAGAACCUGCUCAGCCUGCCCUGCAGAGGCCAAUGGAGCCCCAGGUACAGUGGUCCCAUCUGGCAUCUCUCAAGAACAAUGUUUCCCCUGUCUCGCGAUCCCAUUCCUUCAGUGACCCUUCUCCCAAAUUUGCUCAUCACCAUCUUCGUUCCCAGGACCCAUAUCCACCUUCACGCAGUGAAGUGCUAAAUCAGAGUUCUGACUCUAAGUCGGAGGUACCCGACCCCACCCAAAAGGCUUGGGCUAGAUCAGACAGUGACGAGGUGCCUCCAAGGGUACCUGUGAGAACAACAUCCCGAUCACCAGUCCUGUCCCGCCGUGAUUCUCCACUGCAGGGCAGUGGGCAGCAAAAUAACCAAGCAGGUCAAAGAAACUCCACGAGCAAUAUAGAGCCUCGUCUGCUGUGGGAAAGGGUGGAGAAGCUCGUACCAAGGCCAGGCAGUGGGAGUUCUUCGGGUUCAAGCAACUCUGGCUCACAGCCUGGCUCCCACCCUGGCUCUCAGAGUGGGUCUGGAGAGCGGUUCCGGAUGAGAUCAUCAUCCAAAUCAGAGGGUUCGCCGUCGCAGCGUCAUGAAAGUGCACCUAAAAAGCCUGAAGAGAAAAAGGAAGUCUUCAGACCUAUCAAGCCUGCGGGAGAAGUGGAUUUAACUGCAUUGGCAAAGGAAUUGCGAGCAGUGGAGGAUGUGCGACCUCCACAUAAAGUAACAGACUACUCAUCCUCAAGUGAGGAGUCAGGGACAACAGAUGAGGAAGAUGAUGAUAUGGAACAAGAAGGAGCAGAUGAAUCUACUUCUGGACCAGAUGAUGUCCGAGCAGUGUCAACAUUGAACUUGAGCAAUGGUGAAACAGAGUCAGUGAAAACCAUGAUUGUCCAUGAUGAUGUGGAGAGUGAACCUGCCUUGACUCCUUCGAAGGAGGGCACCUUAAUUGUUCGACAGAGUACAGUUGACAAAAAGCGUGCCAGCCAUCAUGAGAGCAAUGGCUUUGCCGGUCGCAUUCACCUCUUGCCAGAUCUCUUACAGCAAAGCCAUUCCUCCUCCACUUCCUCCACCUCCUCCUCCCCAUCCUCCAGCCAGCCGACACCCACCAUGUCCCCACAGACACCCCAGGACAAGCUAACUACUAAUGAGACUCAGUCCGCUAGUAACACACUCCAGAAACACAAAUCUUCCUCCUCCUUUACACCUUUUAUAGACCCCAGAUUACUACAGAUUUCUCCAUCUAGUGGGACAACUGUGACUUCUGUGGUAGGAUUUUCUAGUGAAGCAAUGAGAUCAGAAGCAAUAAGGCAAGACCCUACACGGAAAGGAUCAGUUGUCAAUGUGAAUCCCACGAAUACUCGACCACAGAGUGAUACACCAGAGAUUCGCAAAUACAAGAAGAGAUUCAAUUCUGAGAUACUGUGUGCUGCCUUAUGGGGAGUGAACUUGUUAGUGGGCACUGAAAGCGGUCUGAUGCUCCUAGACAGAAGUGGGCAGGGGAAGGUUUAUCCGCUCAUCAAUCGAAGACGAUUCCAGCAAAUGGAUGUACUUGAAGGCCUGAAUGUCUUGGUGACAAUUUCUGGUAAGAAGAACAAGUUGCGAGUUUACUAUUUGUCCUGGUUAAGAAAUAAAAUCCUUCACAACGACCCUGAAGUAGAAAAGAAACAGGGCUGGACAACGGUGGGCGACUUGGAAGGCUGUGUGCACUAUAAAGUUGUAAAAUAUGAAAGAAUCAAGUUCUUGGUAAUUGCAUUGAAGAGUUCUGUGGAAGUCUAUGCAUGGGCACCAAAGCCAUACCAUAAAUUUAUGGCCUUUAAGUCAUUUGGAGAACUGGUACAUAAGCCAUUGCUGGUGGAUCUAACCGUAGAAGAGGGUCAGAGACUAAAAGUGAUCUAUGGCUCCUGCGCUGGUUUCCAUGCCGUUGAUGUGGAUUCAGGAUCAGUCUAUGAUAUUUAUCUACCAACACAUAUCCAGAGUAGUAUCCAACCUCAUGCAAUCAUCAUUCUCCCAAACACGGAUGGGAUGGAGCUAUUGGUCUGCUACGAGGAUGAAGGAGUUUAUGUCAACACAUAUGGAAGGAUAACCAAGGAUGUUGUUCUGCAGUGGGGAGAAAUGCCAACUUCAGUUGCAUACAUCCGGUCUAACCAGAUCAUGGGCUGGGGAGAAAAAGCUAUAGAAAUACGAUCCGUGGAAACUGGACACUUGGAUGGUGUGUUCAUGCACAAAAGGGCACAAAGACUCAAAUUCUUGUGUGAACGCAAUGACAAGGUUUUCUUUGCCUCCGUACGGUCAGGUGGAAGUAGUCAAGUCUAUUUCAUGACCCUUGGCAGGACUUCUCUUCUGAGCUGGUAGAAGUGGUGGGAUUUGGAGAGGAAUUGGUGACAUCCAGAGCCUGAGAUCUUCAUAACUUGGAAUUAUUUUCAACUGGAGUACAGACCUGCACUAAUGCAGCACUCUGUGUAAAUGUGUGUGCAGGCAUCACUGGUGUUAGGUUUCUUUAUGUUUUUCAACUGAGGCUGCGACGCAGCUGGUGCUGUAAAGAUAUUGCCAUCAGGUGCUACAAUGUCUUUGAGAUUCGGGAUCACACUAGAAAGCUACAGGUCUUCUUUCCCUUCAGCUCCAGGAUUCCUAGGCUUUGAAGGACUCGGAUUGUUAGUGUUAAAACAGAGAAGGGGGGAAAAAGGAAGAAAAACAAACCAGGCUUACCAUGAACAUGCUGUUUGUUGAGUGGACAGGAGGCAGGCAAGAGAAGGUGACAAGUGGUGUAGAGAGUCAGACUGGCUGAAACAGAGGGCAGAUCUAGUCUAGUAAUGUUAACAAUGUAUUUAAUUGACAUUUCUUUUUUGUAAUGUGACAAUGUGGACAAAGAGGAAGGUGCAGGUUUUAAGAAGUUAAUAUUUAUAAAAUGUGAAAGACACAGUGACUAGGAUAACUUCUUCUUGGGGGACAGGGAGGGUGGGAAGGGACUCGGGGUGGAAUUCUUAGGGUUUUUUGUUUCUGCAGUUUUAUUUUGGCCUGGCCAAUAACUUUAGUCAUUUUCUGUGUACCAGGUGUUGCCUGAAACAUGUGCAGAUGAUUAAAAAAAAAAGGAAAAAAAAAUUCAUUUUCUAUAAUGAUUCUGUGUUAGGCCAGAACUUGGUUAUGUCACAGUAUUAGCACUGCCUCAGUUAAAGGUUUAAUUUUUGUUUAAACCUAGAAGUGCAACAACAGUUUUACCACAGUCUGCACUUGCAGAACUAAAAAAAAAAAAAAAAAAAAAAAAAAAAAAAAAAAAAAAAA